AGCAAAAGAAACAAACGCCGUCCACUAGCUUUUUUCUCUCUCUCCCAUUCAUGUCGCUGGUGUAACGUUAGCAGUCCACACACACGCACAGACAAGAAACCCACGCUCACAUUCUGACCGGAACACAGAAGUCCUGCACAAAAAAACAACAACCUCAGAUUCAUAGGAACGCUCAUAACUUUGCACAGACGCAGCCACCAUGGCGGAAGCUCACCAGGCGGUGGCUUUUCAGUUCACCGUCACUCCGGAUGGCAUCGACCUGCAGCUGUGCCACGAGGCUCUGCGCCAAAUCUACCUCUCUGCUCUUCAUUCGUGGAAGAAAAGAUUCAUUCGUUUCAAGAAUGGAGUUAUGACUGGAGUGUACCCAGGCAGCCCUGGUGGUUUCAUGGUUGUGGUCGUAUCUUACAUGUCAUACAAUAAAUACAACCAGUUGGAUCCAUCUCUUGGUUUGAUUUCCAAAUUGGGACAACACAUGCCUAUAAGCAAAUAUAUGUGUACAAACAGUCAGCAGAUUGUGGGCGGAGUGCUGGUGGGCACAGGUCUAUGGGUGACCAUAAUCAUGGUAAUGAGGAAUGUCCUCAAGUGCUUGUUGUCAUGGCAUGGAUGGAUGUAUGCAAGCCACGGCUCUGUAUCCUUUUCCACUCGACUGUGGAUGUUGUUAGUAAAGGUGUUCUCUGGAAGGAAACCAAUGCUCUAUAGCUUCCAGAAUUCUUUGCCUCGGCUGCCUGUUCCGUCUGUCCAGGAUACCUGCACGAGGUACCUGGAGUCAGUCCGCCCACUUAUGGAUGAUGAAAAGUAUGAGCGGAUGAAGAGCCUGGCAAAGGACUUUGAGAUGAAUCUGGGGCCGAGACUGCAGUGGUACGUCAAACUGAAGUCGUGGUGGACCUCAAAUUAUGUCAGUGACUGGUGGGAAGAGUAUAUUUACCUUAGAGGUCGAGGGCCCAUCAUGGUCAACAGCAACUACUAUGCAAUGGACUUCCUGUAUGUGUUCCCAACCUCCAUUCAGGCUGCCAGAGCAGGUAAUGCCAUUCACGCAAUCAUGCUCUACAGAAGGAAGCUGGACCGAGCCCAGAUCAAACCGAUAUACUUGCUGGCAAACAAGGUCCCUCUGUGUUCGGCUCAGUGGGAGCGGAUGUUUAACACUACCCGCGUCCCUGGUUUGGAAACAGACAUCCUUCAGCACAUGAAUGACAGCAAACACAUAGCAGUGUACCACAAGGGCCGCUUUUUCAAGGUGUGGAUGUUUUACGACGGACGGCUGCUUUUGCCGCGAGAGAUCGAGCAGCAGAUGGAGAGAAUCUUGGCUGACAAGUCUGAGCCCAUGCCAGGAGAGGAGAAGCUUGCUGCCCUUACUGCAGGAGAGAGAACCCCGUGGGCACAGAGACGUGACGCCCACUUCAGCCGCGGCAGGAACAAGCAGUCCCUGGAUGCCAUCGAGAAGGCUGCCUUCUUUGUGACUCUCGAUGACACAGAGCAACGUUUCGACCAAAGCAACCCAGUGAAGUCUCUGGAUAGUUACGCCAAGUCCUUGCUCCAUGGAAAGUGCUACGACAGGUGGUUUGAUAAAUCCUUUAAUCUGAUAGUUUUUAAGAAUGGCACCAUGGGUCUGAAUGCAGAGCACUCUUGGGCCGAUGCUCCGAUCAUUGGUCAUCUGUGGGAGCACGUGCUCUCAAUGGAUCCCUUUAAGCUGGGAUAUACCGAUCAGGGGCACUGCUGCGGGGAGCCCCAUCCCAACCUGCCUUCACCCCUGAGGCUGCAGUGGGACAUUCCUUCUGAGUGCCAAGAAGCCAUCGAGACAUCGCUGACAGUUGCCACGACACUGGCUAAUGAUGUGGACAGCCACAUUUUCCCUUUCAAUGACUUUGGGAAGGGUCUCAUCAAGAAGUGCCGCACCAGUCCUGAUGCCUUUAUCCAGAUUGCCCUGCAGUUGGCUCAUUACAGGGACAAAGCAAAGUUCUGCCUGACCUAUGAAGCCUCCAUGACCCGUUUGUUCCGUGAGGGCCGAACCGAAACGGUCCGCUCUUGCACCAUGGAGACGUGCGCCUUUGUCCAUUCCAUGAUCAGAAAUGAGACCAGAGAAGAACGUCUAAACUUGCUGAAAAUUGCAGCAGAGAAGCACCAAAACAUGUACCGCCUGGCUAUGACGGGCAAGGGAAUCGAUCGCCACCUGUUCUGUCUUUACGUGGUUUCCAAGUACCUGGGAGAAGACUCGGCUUUCCUUAAGGAGGUCCUGUCCGAGCCAUGGAGGUUAUCCACCAGUCAGACACCUCUGCAGCAGGUGGAACUGUUUGACUUGGUCCGACACCCUGAAUAUGUGUCGUCUGGAGGAGGAUUUGGACCAGUGGCGAAUGACGGUUACGGUGUGUCUUACAUCAUUGUCGGGGAAAACCUAAUCAACUUCCACAUCUCCAGCAAACACUCCAGCCCAGAAACGGACUCUCACCGCUUUGGCGCCAACAUCCGACGGGCCAUGUUGGACAUGCUGGACUUAUUCCAACUCGACAAGAAAGCAUCCAAGUGAUGUCCUAUCUCCUUUUCAACACGAAUUGCUGAUUCUUCCUAAAGCUGUACAGAAUCAAACAUACGGUUGGAUGAUUUAACUUCAUGUCAUAGAAGGGGUGUAAAAAAAAAAAAUUGAAUGACUGGGAUGUAUUCUUUACAAACCUUGCUUUCAUUUUAUGUGUGAGGUGUUUGUGUGUACACUGUACGCAUAUUGCAACGAUGGAUUGUAGUGGCCGUGCACAGAUAGUUUCUAUUUACAGGACUGUAUGCAGCAGUGCCUUAGCGACGACCCGCUUGUGUAAAAAGGGCAGUAAAAGGGAGGAGAGAUUAGAUGGGAGUUUGAUCCGAGCGGUAGCAUAUUUCAAUAUUUAAGGUUUGACGUUGCAAUGUGGUGCAGGAGGAGCUCCUUCUGCUUUUGUGUUUUAAUGUCUUUAGUUGCACACGACUCUGCCCUUAGCUCAUCACACUUCAACGGUUGCAAUCUGCUGAUUUUUAUCUUUAAAAGGGAAACUUCACUUUUCUAAAAAAAAAAAAAUGUUGCCUAUCAUGUACAAUCCUUAUGAGACAAGAACACGUACGGUAUCCAUCCAUCCAUCCAUCCAUUUCCUACCGCUUGUCCCUUUUGGGGGCGCUGGAGCCUAUCUCAGCUGCAUUCAGGCGGUAGGCGGGGUACACCCUGGACAAGUCACCACCUCAUCACAGCACAUACAGUAUGUCUUUUUUAAUGCAUGCUAACUUGUAAAUUAAAGUCUGCUUAUAUUGCAGUCAACGGGACGUCAUCUAUCAUAAAACCCAACAAAUAACCAUCCAAAAAGCGCUAACAAUACUCCAUUUACAUUUCAAGACCUUAUAUAUUAGCCAAGUAUUAAACAUAUUGCGCUAAUGUUAAGGACCUAUAUUGAGCGGAGCGUUGAUCAGAGAGAUGUCACUUCCUUAUUCUGCUGUAUUGACAUCAGCUAGUGAGCUGCUUUCUCGCCUCGGAGCUCGGGAAAGUUUAUUCCAAAAUACAAAUCAUGCUUCUCACCUGCAUAGUAAAAAGACGUGGACAUAAACUGAGAAGUUGGUAUACCUCUGACAGCCAAUUUAUACCCGGAAAUGGCAAAAAAAGACUCUAAAAGACGCUGGUUUGCAUCAUCUAAACGGGAAUAUAAUAAUAUCUUAACAGUUGGCAUCCUAGUGACAGCCAACAUUGUACAGUAAGUGAUGUUUUAUUAUGAAGUCUGCAGUGCGUAAUUAUCCUAAUUAUAUAUAUGUGAUGCGUUUUUUUUUUUUUUUUAACACGCCGCUGUAUGCUUAAAAUGAAACAAAAUACGUCAAUAUGAGAUUCUGAAUGUGCCCGUUACUACAUAUAUUCUUACAGAGUGUAUAUAAAAUACUGAUGGAAGUGUUUGGAUGUUUAUUUUAAGCUCAUUUUAGGCAAAAUAGAGCGCCUCCUAUUACGCCCAUUGUGAGCGGGACAAGUUAAAAUGCAUCCAUCCAUUUACCUACCGCUUGUCCCUUUUGGGGUCGCUGGAGCCUAUCUCAGCUGUAUUUGGGUGGUAGGCGGGGUACACCCUGGACAAGUCGCCACCUCAUUGCAGCACAUACAGUAUGUCUUUUUUAAUGCAUUCUAACUUGUAAAUUAAAGUCCGCUUAUAUUGCAGUCAACGGGACGUCCUCCAUCAUAAAACCCAACAAAUAGCCAUCCAAAAAGCGCUAACAUUUACAUUUCAUGACCUUAUAUAUUAGCCAAGUAUUAGCAUAUUGCGCUAACGUUCAGGACUUAUAUUUAGCGGAGCGUUGAUCAGGGAAAUGUCACUUAUGCUGCUGUAUUGACAUCAGCUAGUGAGUCGCUUUCUCGCCUUGGAGCUCGGGAACGUUUAUUCCAGAUUAUAUAUCACGCCUCUCACCUGGAUAGUAAAAAGACGUGGACAUAAACUGAGAAGUUAUGUCCAAUUUAUACCCGGAAAUGGCAAAACAAAAGAAUCGAAAAGACGCUGGUUUGCAUCAUCUAAGCGGGAAUAUAACAUCAUCUUAACAGUUGGCAUCCUAGUGACAGCCAACAUUGUACAGUAAGUGAUGUUUUAUUAUGAAGUCUGCAGUGCGUAAUUAUCAGUGAUGUUAAAUGAAGAGUCGGACGUUGUGAUGCGUUUUUUUUAAUUAUUUAACACGCCGCUGUAUGCUUAAAAUGGGCAAAAUACGUCAAUAUGAGAUUACAUACAGAGUGUAUAUAAAAUACUGAUGGAAGUGUUUGGAUGUUUAUUUUAAGCUCAUUUUAGGCAAAAUAUAGCGCCUCCUAUUAAGCCCAUUUUGAGCGGGACAAGUUAGAAUCCAUCCAUCCAUCCAUUUUUUGUCCCUUUUGGGGUCGCUGGAGCCUAUCUCAGCUGCAUUCAGGCAGUAGGUGGGGUACACCCUGGACAAGUCGCCACCUCAUCGCAGACAAGUUAGAAUGCAUUAAAAAAAAAAGAAAAAACAUGUAUUUUUGUCUUCCAUAAGGAUUGUGAACGAUAGGUCAAAUUCCAAAAAGCGUGGUUCCCCUUUUAGCGUUUGAAUACUCCAAAUCAGGAGUUCGAUUCCUGCAAAUAUCAAGUGAGCUCUGGUGUCCUUUUCUGAUUCAUGCGCACACAUGGAACGUGAUUGUACGGUACAGCGACUAACGUUUGCCUUGUUCCUAUCCUCCGUUUAGACUGACUUGUACUUGUGCGGCAAUCCUGGUAGAAAAUGCAGUAUUUUGAUGAGACAUUUGCUCAUGUUGUCCGUGCAUAUUUGCAAUCAUCCUGCAGGUGUGUCCAUCGCUCCAGCCCAAACACGCCCAUAAAGAGAGGUGCUGUCAUGCAUAGGAAUGCAUUUUAUUAUGGAUAUGUUGUCAGUACGUUUUAUUUAUUUGUAUCUCUUAACUUCUUGAGGCGUACAGCAAACGGAUUUAGACGGUCUCUUUCCACAUUUAUGCUGACACGGAUCUUUUUUGGCGAUGUGUUUUAGUUGUAUGACUUAUAAGAGUAGACGUCAUGUUUACACUGCUGCAUGGUGUGUUUUUUUUUUUUUUCUUUUCUGGAAAUAAUGCUGUAUAUGUUUGCUUCUAAUUUAAGAUUUCAGAUGACAAGCAGCUGGUACAAACCGAAAGAGGUUUAACAAUAAAGUGAAUGUCAGACAGCUGUAUGAA